ACUAGCUGUUGGAGAAGUGAUGUGUUGGCAUUCUGGCGAAAUUUGGACCAAAGUACAGUAAAAUUGACAAUUCUGUCGUCCCGCGUGUCCACAAACAACAGCCAGACGUCCUGUAAUGCAGAAACACCUCGACUAAGCGACAUUUUUCUCCCGGUAAAUACGAGCAGUGCACAGGAAGCAGAAUGGGGAAGAAGGAUGCCAGUGCGACCAGAUUACCAGUUGAUCAGUACCGAAAACAGAUUGGUAAGCAGGACUACAAAAAGACAAAGACGGCCUUAAAGCUCACACGACUGAAAGCUGAAGCAAAGAAGACUUCCUCUGGAUUUAGGGAUGCAUUUCUGGUCAUUGCAGCAAUCCUGUUCUUCGUCCUGUGUGUCUACGCCUUCUUCUACCUCAACCUGAGUACUGAGAUCAACCUGGAUGUGGAUGUGGAUUAAUACGAAGUGGACAACGUUUUGAGGGUGGCACACAGUCUGUCAGAUUUUUUUUGAAAACACUUUUUGGUGGCACGGUGACAAUGAAUUGCCUUUUCAGGAGACAUGAGACAAUGCAUCAGAAAACUUCACACAUCACCUUUCUUCUUCCCCUUUGUUUUCUGCACGGGAGCACAACAUUUAACUGUAAUCAUUAUUAUACUGACACUUCUUAUAUUAAUGUUCUACGUCUAUAAAUGUUAGUUUCUUCUGUUCUUUGAUCUUUGAUUUCCUGAAAAAAAAAUCUGCGACCAACGUAUGCCUUGUAUGAAACUCUGCUGCAAAAUCUACACACAUAAAAAGACAACGAGCCCCUUUUUUAAAAAAACAAGUCUUCCAAAACCACCGUCAGAAAAGCCAAGUCUCUGUUAAUCAUAUUCCACCGAGUCACGUCCCACUGUUUUUUCCACUAAUAGAAAAAUGUAAAUCUCCUGCUGAACCUCUCGUCACAUCGAGACAAACACUUGCCUCACAUUCCAGUGCACAAACCUCUCCUCCCGGAUAUCUGGAGAUCACAAAGUGUGAGAUUAGAAUCCACAAAGCCCUCGCCCUGAUUGAAUGUGUGUGCAGAAUACAGAACAACACAUUCUACCUGCAGCCCAUACACACGCAGCACGGAGACAGACAUCCACAGGAUUAGCAUUACAAAUAUGAUCCUGUUCUUUCAUUUGAAUGGAAAUUACAGAGAUGAGUGGUGACUGAAUAGAGGUGAGCCUAUAUGUUUCUUGUAAGGAACACCUUGAUCAUUUUCUGGCUUGUCAAAUGCAUGUAUUGUUGCCCCCCGUAAGGAUAUGAUGUGUCUAUAUUUGAAUAUGAAUCUUUGUGACAACCCCUUUAUCCCAACUCUUUGUGCACUACAAGGUGCAAGGACUGACCUUCGAUUAACCGUUUCAGUCCAAGUACUUCCACUGUUUGAGAGAUUCCUUGUUAGCAAAAGGAGUGCAAAGUCAGGAGCUUUUAUUCACUCUGAUCCUUUUUUUUGUUAGAAUUUGCACAUUUUUUUCCCCAUGUUAUUAUCUCUCUCAAUUCCGUGCUUUUCUCAACUGCAGCGGUCAAUAGCAAUGCUGUUCUCUAAAAGGCAAUUAAUGCAUUUUUAAUUUUGGAUAUGACUCUUUUAUAUCAAUGCAUAAAAGAUACCAAAUAGUCAAGAGACCAUUCCUGACUUUUUUUUUCGACUGAGACUCUUUUAAAAACAAGUCAUGUGUCUGUGCCUGACUGUUCUGUGGCUGACAUGAAAUGUGAGACUGAUUUUGAGCUUUCUAUUUCUCCUCUCUUUUCUCCCAUGACCUCUCAACCUCUAGUAGAAGACGACAUGUCCAAGAAACCAUUAUGAUAAGCGCAUGCACCCAUACCCUCACCCAGUGGCUUUUAUCUAGCCAUGGUACAUCCACUCCCCUUCCCCCACCUCUGUGAGUCACUCACAUGUGUAACAAUAGAUAGCCCGACCUGACAGACCUUCAUACGUGACACCUGUUAUCUAAAAGGUCACCAAUACCAACUGCAAGAGCUCUGACAUCAGCACAAAGGAAAAGAUCUGGCAGUACAACCGAUUUAUUCAGACCCACGUUUGGCAAGAUGAGAUGCAAGCUAUUUUACACAAUAGUGCUAUUGACAUAUGGUAUAUAAACAUUUUAAGGUUUGCUUUGUCAUUAUGAAUCAGUCGCCGGAUAUUAUGUGACCUAUUAUCAUCUAUCUUUCUGUGUUUUUGUUAAAUUGCUGAAAAUAUCCAAAUCAUGUGUUUUUUUUGUAAGAAAAUAUAGAAAUAUCUAAAAAAGAAUAUGCAUGGAUAAUAAUAAUUCACCUUUCAGUUUUCAAGCUAUUUAUUUGUAUACAUUUUAAUUAGAUCUUAAGCGGGACAUGUUACGCUUUU